AUGAUUGUCAAAGCCAAGUCAGAGGGAGAUCGUGUUGAGAAUUUGAGAAAGCUUUUCCAAAGAUUAAGAAAAUGUCAGUUGAAGCUUAACCCCAAUAAAUGCACAUUUGGAGUGACAUCUGAAUUCGAUAUCCAAUAUGUCAGCCAAAAAGCAGUAAAAGAGAGUGCAAUAGCUGAAUUUAUUGCAAGUAGAACUUCUCAAGAAUAUGAGCCAAUAGAUUUUGAUUUUACUGAUGAAGAUUUGAUAGUAAUUUCAAUGGACGAAUCAGUUACAUCUCCUGAUGAAUAUUGGAAGUUGACUUUCGAUGGUCUUAAAGCUGCAAUUGAACGUAGAGUAAAAAUGCUCAAGGUAUAUGGGGAUUCAGCUCUGGUAAUUGACCAAAUUAGAGGAGAAUGGGAGAUAAGAGAUACUAAGCUUGUAAAAUAUCAGAAAUUGGUUCUGGAACGCAUCAAAGAAUUUGAAGAAGUGACUUUCUAUUACAUCCCAAGAGAAGAAAAUCAAAUGGCAGAUGCCUUGGCAACUUUGACAGCCGCAUUUAAAGCAGAUGAGUAUUCAAACAUGAUGUCUAUUGAAAUACAUACUUAUGAAUAUCCAGCUUAUUGUUUUAACAUUUAA